AUCAUAAAAAAAAAACAAAAAAAAUAAAACGUCAAUGUGUACCUGACAGAUGUGACAGCUAGAAUAUAAAAAAAAAAAUAAAAAAGGAAAAAAAGAGUUUUCUCUCAGCAAGUAAAUAAAAUUCAUCAAAAUGUCAAUAAUAUGACAAGUGGUUUAUUUAAUACCCAUGAAAAAAAAAUAAUGUAUUAAUUAAUAAUAUCAAAUUAUUUUAAAGAUAAUGUUUAAAAUUAUUGUUGUAUUUAUAAUUUUAUAAAAAAAAACAGUCGACAAGGUGAGUGAACAAGGAAAGUGGCAUUCUCUUAAAUGGAGCACUAGUGUAUUACAAUAUUACAGAAAAAUAAUAAUAACAGUAAAAUAACGGUUUUCUUUUUUUGUUAAUAAUUUAUAAUAAAUUAAAAAAAGUAAAAUAAACAUUAACAAUACGUAUAAACAAAUGCAAUGGAGGACUACAAAUUUUUAUUUAAAGUCGUACUUGUUGGUAAUGCUGGAGUUGGAAAAACAUGUCUUGUUCGUAGAUUUACACAGGGAUUGUUUCCACCUGGACAAGGAGCAACGAUUGGUGUUGACUUUAUGAUUAAAACAGUUGAAGUAGAAAAUGAAAAAGUCAAGCUUCAAAUAUGGGACACAGCUGGUCAAGAAAGAUUUCGAUCUAUUACACAGAGUUAUUACAGAUCAGCUCAUGCAUUGAUACUCGUUUAUGAUAUAUCAUGUCAACCUACAUUUGAUUGUUUGCCCGAUUGGCUCAGAGAAAUUGAAGAAUAUGCUAGUAAUAAAGUACUGAGGAUACUUGUUGGCAACAAAAUUGACAGAGAAGACAGGGAAAUUCCAACUCAUGUUGGUGAAGAAUUUGCUCAACGUCAUGGAAUGUAUUUUUUAGAAACAUCAGCUAAAGAGGCUGAAAAUGUUGAAAGACUAUUUAUGGAAAUUGCUGCUGAGCUAAUGGAGCAAGCACGCAGCAAAGAGCUUCCAAGAUAUGAAACAAAUGCAACGUCAAUAAAUGGUAAAACAACGUCAAUUGGAGAUAACAGUAAUUGUAGCUGUAGUCGUUUUUCCUAAACUAAUAACAUAAAUAUCAUAAUAAUACUACCAUUUUUCAUCAAACAAAAAAAAAUAUAUUAAAUUAUUAAAUCAAGACAAAAGUCUUGAAUAUAAUAUAUACAUAAAAAAAUCGGUAUAAAAAAGUAAAAUAAAAAAAAUUCCUUUGCUUACAAAAUAUUAAAAAUAUUUUCAAUUCAAAUACAACACCAAAAAAAAAAAAAAAUAGUUUUUAAAAUUUUGUAAGCUUGAUAGUCCUAUUAAUAGCCAAUAGCACAUUUAUAAUUAAAUAAUUUUAUUAUUUAUUUAUUACAUUUUAAUUAAUUAUAAUAAAAUUGUUUGUUUUUUUUAAAAAAGUAUUUAUUAGUCUAACUUUGUUUGUAUUAUUAUCAAACGUUGAUACUAGACGACACGUGAUAACUGACUAAACAAUUUAACAUGAUAAAUUGUUUAUUGUCGUUGAUGAAAAAAAAAAAAAAAUGAAAAACAUAAAUAAUUAAAUUAUUGACUGGAUUAUUUAUAACGAAAAUUUAUAGAUAAUUUUGUUAUGUUUUUUUGCAUAAUUUUAUUGAUGUUUAAUUGUCAGGUAUCUAAUUACUAAUUAGUAUUUAAUAUUAGUAUUAUUAUUAUAUUUGAAUUAAUAUUGUAAGGUAAAAGUUUGUUUAUUCAUGAAUUUAUAAUAUAUUAUUUACGUAUCAUUUAAAAUUCAAAUUGAAAAGAAAAAAAACUUGAAAAUUUUGUUUUAAAUUUUUCAUUUUAUUUUUUAUAAUUAUUAUUAACUUUUAGUUAUUUAUUUAUU